ACCGCACCACCAAAUCGACAGCCAUCCGCCUGUCCCCCCGCGACCCGAACGGCCCGCAACCGACCCAAUUCCCUCCGCCCGCCGUGCCGUGACGACCUCCUUCGCCAUGCCGGUCCGUCUGCCCAUCCGGCUGGCCCUCCCGCGGCCCUGCGCCCGCCCGGAGCUCGCCCGCCCGCUGCUGCUCCCGCGCAUCGCCACCCGCGGUGUCAAGUACGGAUGGACCACCGCGCCGCCCCGGUCCAAGCACGCCCGCUUCAACCAGCCCUCCGCCGGCCUGCCCGUCCUCACCACCGGCCCCGCCGCCGCCCUCAAGCGCCGCGAGAGGACCACGCCUCUGCGCACCGGCGUCCUCGCCACCAAGAAGGGCAUGACCAGCGUCUUUGUCGGCAAGACCCGCGUCCCCUGCACCGUCCUGCAGCUCGACCAGGUCCAGGUCAUCGCCAACAAGACUCGUGAGCAGAACGGCUACUGGGCCGUCCAGAUUGGCGCCGGUUCCCGCCAGGGCCGCAACGUCUCCAGCCCUAUGCUGGGUUACUACGAGGCCAAGGGCAUCGCCCCCAAGGCCGACCUCGCCGAGUUCAAGGUCCUAAACGAAGAUGGCCUGCUUCCCGUCGGCGUCCAGAUCUUGCCCGAUUGGUUCCAGAAGGGCCAGUACGUCGACGUCCGGGGCAAGUCACGCGGAAUGGGCUUUGCCGGUGGUAUGAAGCGUCACGGCUUCUCCGGUCAGGAAGCCUCCCACGGAAACUCCAAGAACCACCGUACGAUCGGUACGACGGGUCCCUCCCAGGGCAGCGGUAGUCGAGUCAUGCCCGGCAAGAAGAUGCCUGGCCGCAUGGGCAACGAGUGGGUGACGGUGCAGAACCUCAAGGUCAUCAUGGUGGACAACGAGCUAGGCACCGUGCUGGUCAGCGGGCCUAUCGCCGGUCCCAAGGGCCGUGUCGUCCGCAUCCAGGACGCCAAGAAGCGCAAGGCCCCCGCCCAGCCGCACCGAGAGAAGGCCCUCAAGGAGUUGAACGAGAGGCACCCUGACGCCGCCGAGAACUUGCAAGCUGCACGAGAAAAGCAUCUGGAAAUGAAGGAGAAGAGACAGACGGCACCUAUAGACCUAUAGUCUAGGUCAACGGAUAAAUAAAUGAUGUAAGAUGGGUCGAUGCGAUGGAACAGAAAGACCAAUGACGACGGACUUUGUACUUUGUACGGCAAGGGGGAGAUCAUAGCGGGCUUUGUAUUAUACACACAC